CCACAAACAGCCAGAAAAACUCAUUUAAGUUCAAUGGAGAUGUGUAAACCUAGGAGAUAAGAGGGAUAUUUAUUGAUAAGUUACUGUGUUGUCGGGACAAGAGUCGUUUAAUUAAAUAUAACUUAUUUCAAAUAUCUUGAUUGCCACCGGCUGAACAGUGUUGACUAUAAAAACCUUAGCACACAACCCCACAUCCAUACAGAUCGACAAUGAGGCCCUCUUUGCUCUCUGACUUUGGACUGAUCGCUUGUGGCGUUAUUACCGUUAUUACCUGUGGCAUCCAUGGCCUAAGCAUUACAGAAUGUAAUAACCAAUUUGGAUUCAUAAACAACACGCGGCCCAGCUGCAGCUAUGCUUAUAUAAACUGCUCGGGCCAGGAUUCGAUGUUUUGUGUAGAUAACAGCACUUGCAAUGUCGCCUUUAAUUGCAACGAGACAAUUAUUUUGGAUACUUCAACAGCUUCGCCUAUUAAUUCAUCAACGUCAACGUCACAGUCGUCGAAUACGACUCUCUCCACAGCUUCGCCGUUGGACGUACGAGAGCAGUGUCGUCAGGGUGUAACCAAAAGGUUCAGCUAUCCCCAAAACUGUAACUACUUUUACUACUGCGUAGAUGGCUUUCUACUUGUGGAACAGUGUCCCUUUGGAUAUGCAUUCGAUGCCACAACUGGAGCUUGUGGUGGGCGUAUACGGAGUUCCAUGGACUGUACACUGAAGUAGAGAGCCGAAGUAAAGAAAACAUUUUUAAUUAGCCCCGUGUCAUGUCAAAUAAAAUCAAUUUAGCUAGCAAAUAAAUUGAGCUUAGAGCCUUAUCAAUUA